AUGGGGUGGUCCCUAUGGUUGUCACGUCGUUGGUUCCAUCCCUUCGACCUCCUUCUCGCCCUUUGGCCGGUGUUUCCACGCCGCCAGGCCGUGGGCAUGGUUAUGUUUCCCUCCCACGAGGACUUCCCUGCGUUUGUCGAGAGGUACGGUCGCUCCUACGAGGCCGGCACGUUUCAGUACCAGAUGCGCCAGUCGGUCUACGCGGAGCGCGCCGCGCGGAUCUCGAGCCACAACUGCCGGCCCGACGCGCUGCACACGGCGGGGGUCAACCACCUCUCGGACUGGACUCCGGAGGAGCUCGCCACGCUGCGGGGCCACAGGUCCCGCCGGGGCUCGUCGACGAGGGACCUCGGCCGGUCGCCGUUCCUCCUGGCGAAGCGGGGCAAGGGGACGGAGAAGCCCGUGCCGCAGGACUUCUCCUGGGGCCACCUGGCCUCGAUCCGGGCCAACAGCAGCGAGCAGGAAACGCUGCUACGGCAUCGCGGACAGCAUGCCGCCGAAGCUGGAGCAGAUGGGGGGAGAGCUCUGCGCGAAGAAGGCGCGGUGGCACUGGCAAAGCAGCACCGGCGAAGCGCAGGCGAUCAGGAAUCCUCUGCUGCGUUCUGA